AUGUGCGGCGCUUUGCCGGGGCUGAGUUCGCACACUGGCCAGUUCUGUUUGUGCGGCACGAGGAUGAGCGAGAGGAGGACUCGCCCUCGUCCGCGGAGGCGCAACGAGCUUCACGAGAAGCAGCAGGAGUUGCUCCUAGCUUGGAGCGACGAGGUGUGCAAUAGCGAGGAGGUGCCCGAGGUAGAAAUCGUCAGUCUCCUGCAAGAACACAUACCAAAAUAUCGCCUGAGAGCCGACAGUCUUACACAAUUUGGAGGGUACGAGAAUCAAGAUUGGUUUAUUCCAUCGCCGGCACUUCCUGUCAGCCCCGACGACCUCGCACUGACGCCUGAUCAGAUCAGGGAAACGCUUAAUUAUUUUCUGUUGCUCGGGGCGCCAGUCGCAAUGUGCCGUCACGAGCGCAUGCGCGGCGCUCGCGGCGCGCGGCGAACACAGUGCGCGCUUUGCCGG